UUCCACGAGUCCACUGAAGACACAUUCCCCCGAACAGGAAUAAUCCCAUUUUCUACAAGAAUCUACCAAUUGUAUUUGAACAAACCUUCCAUUUUAUUCGAUAAUAAAAACAAAAUUUUCAUAACCAAACGAAAUAUAUUUCCAAAAUUUUCGUUCUUUGUAACUUUCUUAAGAAAAUUCACUUCUUUCCUGAGAAAAUGGGUAGGAUUGAUGACACAAAUCUGACGGUUGACGAAUGCUGGUAUUCCUUUUCUUUCACCGAUUUCCCCGAAGAUGUUCAGCUCUGUGUCUUGUCGUUCCUUAUGCCUUCCGAGAUCGCCACAUUCGCAUGCACAUCGAAACGGUUCGUUUCGUUGUGCCGAAACGACGAGAAACUCUGGUUUGCCAUGUGCGAUCGAAGAUGGGGUUUGAAGACCCAGAUCAAGAAAUGGGUUAAGGGCGAUAUCUCUUACACGCUCCUUUAUAAAACCCUCAGCGAGUGGGAGAAUCUGAUUGGUUUCUGGCGCCGAAGCGGCACGGGAACCACUGGCAUAUCAUCCCCACUGUUGAUAUUCUUCGAAUGGGGUUCGUCGUGCCUAACCGGUUCUAGGGUUUCACCGUCGAACAACGGAACAUAUGACGUGAUAAAGGCACCGUUUUUGUUUAUGAGUCUCUCGCCCGAGGGCCAAGUGGUGAUUUUCCUUGAUCCCGAUGGUCGAAGCGAAAUAUCCGACGAUUUCGCGAACUCCGGAUGCUUUGACUGUUCGGAGAAGGAUUUGGUCCCGGUCAAUCUCAGUUUCAUGGGCAAAACCCAUUUUGUUGUUGAAGAAGAUUUGGGCUUUGGGUACUCGAAUUCUCGGGAGCAAAGGAGAAAUGGGUUUCAAAGAAGUUCAAGCUCGGCAAAUGUAGUCCCGGAGGAUUGUGGGGUCGGGGAUGUUGAUUCAAUUGAACCAGAAUUUGGGUCUCCCGGGAGUUUGCCGGACCUGUUAUUGUCGGAGAUUUAUCAGUACUUUGCGAACCGAACAAGCCCAGUUGGGGACAGAUCCUCGAGGAGGCAGAGAAGGAAAGAGAAGGAAAGGCAAGCUAGAAGGAAGUGGGAAGUUCAGCAUUUCGUCAAGAUUGUUAAUUACGCUCACACUCCAUCCAGGCCUUUGCAGGGCCUAUGGAAGGGACUUUACGAUGACAUGAACUUGGGCUUAUAUCUAGUUGAAUACGACGAAGUUGGGGGCAUAUCCUGCCGAAAGGUUUGGAAUUCAUCUGAAAACAUAGCCAGUUAUGGUCCAGUGUUCUGGACAUCAAACACCACGUUUAUGGAGUCUCCAUUUUCCGCUGAGGAAGAAAGUAUUUAUGAUAGUCGCAUACACCUUCGGCCGCUUCCAGCCACAGAUUUUAUUCUUGAAUGUCCCUCAUUAAGAGAAAGCAACACGGUCUCUUGCAUUCUCAAUGUGAACUCGAGUUUCGAUCUAGUUAUCCCACAUCUGGCAGGAACAACUGCCAACCCACGGCAUGUGGAAGGAAGGGUUUGGCAAUACGGGGAUGGAACGUUUGGGUUUGGGUUCCUCCGGGAAAAUUUUAUUAUCGAUUUGAAGCACGUUUCGGAGAAUGGUAGUCUUGUUGAUGCAGUGGAGUUCUCUGGGGACCGAACUUUUAUCUAUUCUGGGAACUUCUGUACAUAACAGUAGUGUAGCUGGAUGUCACUAACUUUGUGGCUUUUGUGUAGCAUAUUUGUUGUGAAAUUAUAAUAAUUUGAUUUAUUCAGUUAUAUGUGAACAUUUUUCAUAAUCAAAGAAAUUGUUUUGCUACGAAUGAA